AUGUAUAAAUGCCUAAUCAAGCUGUCCUUGCAUCAGAGGACAGCCCAGGGGACAGGGAGCAGCAUGGCUCACGGCAUCCUGGGGCUCCUGCGGCCCUUGCAGAGCAGACUGAGCGCCAGCAGAACUCGCCUUGUUCUUCUGUGUGCUGUGACUGAGCAGCACCAGAGCCCAGCAAGGUGCUGGGCAGAGAGAGGCUUCAGCUCCACGCACCAGGAUGCCCCUGGGGAAUCCAGCUCUGAGAAUCAGGUGACAGUGCAUUUUAUAAAUCGGGAUGGAGAGCGACUAACAACCACAGCCAAAGAAGGGGAGAGCUUGCUGGAAGUGGUAGUCAAUCACAACUUGGCCAUUGAUGGAUUUGGUGCCUGUGAAGGGACAUUAGCCUGCUCUACCUGUCACCUCAUCUUUGACAAGGACACCUUCCAAAAGCUUGAUGCCAUCUCAGAUGAAGAGCUAGACAUGCUGGACUUGGCAUAUGGACUCACUGACACAUCGCGCCUUGGCUGCCAGGUGUGCGUUAAGAAGUGGAUGGAUGGUCUGACAGUGAGGGUCCCCAUGGAUGUGUCGGACAUGAGGAGGCAGCUGGAGGUCGGAAAGCAAAGCAAACAGUGACUGGAAACGAC